AUCGAGAAAACUAAAUAAAUUAAUUUGUUAUCAUGAGAAAACAACUUUUGUUAUAUGGAGAUAACGAGAUAAUAAGUCAUUAUUACGAGAUAACAGUGUUUUAAAAAACUCCAUGGCCGUUCUCGGGUUCCAUACUGUCUCGAUACGCAUACAUUGCAAUGUUUUUGACCAAAUAGGCUCUUUGAUGCAACAAUAUUUUAGGGAUGAAUAUUGACCCUUUCACACAGUGAAAUAGUUGAUAAAUUAUCGUCAAUAAUGUGGAUAUAUAGUGGUUAAAGACAAGUAUAAGAGCAAGUUGUAAGUUCAGAAUAUUACAUCACUUUACUGUUAUGCAGCCUUUAAAACCAGGAAAAACACAAUUUAUUACCUUUAUGCCAAAUCUAAGACGAUACGUAGUCCCAUAUCUUGACAACGAUAUAAUAUCCCAGCCCUAAUAUUAAGUUUAGGACCAUUCACCAGCUUCUUUCAGAAUCCAGAUCAAGUUUUCCGAUCGCUAGCUUAUGUAGUUUAAGCAACCUCAGAAAUGGCCGCACAAUAACAAUACACUGCAGUCUAUGCCUCUAAAAAGAAACCACCAUCAAAAUGCCACUCAUAGUCACAAAUAAUGCUGAGAAAAGAGCCAAACUUCAGCAACAGUAUAAAUAGCGUCCCAGCACAUAGUUCAAGGCAUCGAAUUAACUUACGCCGGAAGGUCCCUUUAAUGUUGGAUUUGGCCCAGACACUUGCGGUGGACCCAAGAGGCUGCUUCAGACAUUUCUUCUCACUGAUCAAGACUGCAGACAAACCGUACCUCGACAUGUUGCUGAAGUUUGAGUUGCUGAAGGAACCACAGCUGUGCUCAGAUUCGUAUGGAGAGCACUAUGAAGGAACUCAAAGAAGAAGAGACUGGGCCCUGGUGGUUUGGACCCUGUAGAGGCCUAUGAAUCUCUGCCAAAGUGUCUCAGUUCAACAGCCCAGAAGUUUCCAGUGGCUGUCACCGGCUGAAAACAGGAGGAGAGAGGACAGAGAGAGCAGGAAGAUGAGCACCGGAGCCGGAGCGGGCAUCGACUACAGCGGCUGGGAUCACAUCUAUGUGUCAGACGAUGAAGAUGUGACCUGUCCGUACGUCGACACGCCGAGCCUGUUCAGAAUGAGACACCGGGCGCGGCUGGAGAGAAUGGCCGAGUUUCAGCAGAGAGGGGAGGACUUGGAGAUUAACUUUGCAGAAUGCAAGAGGCUUUUAGAAGAAGCCCAGGGACAGCUGAAGGAGCUGGAAGAAGGAAGGAACGUGGGCGAGGAGGAUGAGGAGAGAGAAGCUGAGCUGAAGAAAGUCCAGGCUGAGGUGAGAAAACUGAAGAAGAACGAAAAGUCGUUUGAGAAAAUGAUCGAAGAAUACCGGCGAGAAGAAAAGAAGCUGCCCUGGAAUGUUGACACCAUCAGCAAAGAAGGUUUCAGCAAGAGUGUGCUCAACGUCAAGCCUGCUCCAAAGGAGGAAACGGUGCAAGAAAAAGUGGAGAAGCAUAAGACCUUUGCAGAGCAGUACAUGAAGGAAAUCAAACAUUUUGGUAUGUUGCGUCGCUGGGACGACAGUCAGAAGUAUCUGUCAGACAACCCACAUCUGGUGUGUGAAGAGACCGCUAAUUGCCUUGUUGUCAUCUGUAUUGACUUUGAGAUAGAUGAGAAACAUGCACUGAUGGAGCAGGUGGCCCAUCAGACCAUCGUCGUACAGUUCAUCUUGGAUUUGGCCCGGAAACUUGAGGUCGACCCAAGAGGCUGCUUCAGACAGUUCUUCUCAAGGAUCAAGACUGCAGACAAACCGUACCUCGACAUGUUCGACCACGAGCUGGAGUUGCUGAAGGAACGGGUCCGCAGCUGUGCUCAGAUUCGUAUGGAGAGCGCUAUGAAGGAGCUCGAAGAAGAAGAGAGGCAGAAGAGACUGGGCCCCGGUGGUUUGGACCCUGUAGAGGUCUAUGAAUCUCUGCCAAAGGAGAUGCAGAGGAGCUUUGAUGAGAAGAAUAUUCAGAUGCUGCAUGAAGCCAUCAACAAACUGGACAUUGAGGAGGGAAAGUACUACCUAAGGAGGUGUAUUGACUCUGGACUGUGGGUUCCUGAAUCAGGAGAGGCUGACGAUGAAGAGGGAGAGGAUGAAGAGGAAGAGUAUGAGGAGGAAGAGGAAGAAGAUGAAGGAAAACAUUAAUAACAGAAGGAAGUAUCUAGAUUAACGGCACCCAUCACCGGGAUUUGAUAAGAAGUCUAGAAGAAUGUCGGAACCUCUCAGGGUACCAAAUUAACCAAUUGAAGUCAGAGGCAGUGGUGCUGGUGGGGAAUGACCAGCAGAAUCGUUAGGAAAAUUAGAAUUUCACCCGUCAAUAGAUUCAGAUACUUUGGGAUAAUUAUAACUUCUGAAACUUCACAAUUGUUUAUGGCUGAUUUUGGAAAACUGAUGGCAUACUUUAGAGCAUCUCUUUACGUUAACAAUCAAAGGGACUAUUAAGAAGAAGAUAUAUCAUAUAAAUAUAGAAUAUUACAAGAAAAGAGUCAAGAUUUUUCAACCAUACACAUAUUUUAGGUUUUAAAAACGGAUACACAGUAUUUCUGAGUAUAUUGGCAGCAGUUGUUUCAUAUCUUGUAAAUUAAGGUGAUUUACUGGACUGUUUCUCUUCACAUUGAGAUACUGUUGAUAUUAAUUCAUAGCAUACUUUCUGGUUGUUAGCUGUUCAUUUGUUUGUUUGUUUUUCUUAACCUACUGUGUGUUUUCCUGUAUUUUCCCCUGAGAAGGAACAAAAACCAAAAAGAACACUGAAAGAUACUUAAAUCUGUGGACUUACAGGACACACAGGUGUGAGCUUGGUCCUUGAACAUGAUGACUGCACUGUACGAUUACAUUUAACUUGAUGAAAACAAAUAAAAAGAAUUAAAACAGA